AUGGCAAAUAUGAAUUCCGUAUGGCUCAACUUGCCCAGACCGACACCAUUGCCAUUCGAAAUUGGCAGGAAUACUACAGUAGAAGAGAUGUUAGGACUUCAAAACAUCUUACCAGUUAAGCAUACUAUUACUUACCAGCAAAAUCAAUUAAUACCAUCAGUCACAAAGACCAUAAAACAACCUGUCUCAGCUUCUGAACCUUACCAUCCAGUCUUCAGCAUAAUCUGUGAUCCCUCCUACGACAGAACUGAGAGACAGUCAGAACUUCUAGAGAGCAGAUUACAUUCAUACGAGAUAAACUUCCCAACCGAGAUCGAUGCACUAUUUACAGAGUAUUACAACAUCACGGCCGACAUAGAGAUGAAGAAACUUACUGCAGUCAUGGAGUCGUCACCUCCGUACCACUGUCGUAUAAAUCAGUACUACAACCACCAACGACAACUACUAAUGUACAGAAUAGACAGAAAGCUCAACAGUCUUGUAAAACCUCAAACAUGUCAAGCCACGUUCAACACUAGAAACGUCAGUAUACUACAUGACUGGUUCAACCAACAUCUCGACAAUCCUUAUCCAUCAAGGGAAGAGAUAAAGAAACUGUCCAAGGUUGCCAACAUUAAUAUGCAAGCCGUCAGAGUUUGGUUUGCAAGUGAAAGAAUACGCCAGUCAUCAGCCGUCAUCCGGAAAUGUGCAAACAGGUUUUAA